CAGAAAAAUUGCACGGUCUAGGUUCCAACAAUCAGCUUACGGUCGACAUGGACCAGAAUUUGGUCCAUCCACAAGAAGUAGAAAAAGAAGGAGAACAGAAUCAACAGAAGGCUGGGAAAGAAGCUGUUGACGAGCUGAAGAGAUGUUUGCAAGGAUUCAAAUGGGAUACAAUGACGAAAAUCCUUCCAAUAGGAGUGAAAUUUGCUCCGAGCGAUACUGAUCUGGUGGAUUUGCUCGAGACCAAAAUCGCUAGUCCAGAGGAGAAAUUUUCGGGGAUCACGUGUGAUUUUGAUGUGUAUACAUGCCAUCCUGAGAAUCUGCAUUCAAUGAGUGAAGGUUAUCGUCACCACGACGGGAAGAUGUACAUAUUCUCGCAACUGAAGUGGCAGAACGAGUCGGGGAAGAAGAUGGAGAGAGGGGUGGCUCCAAGUGGGCACUGGAAACUGAGCGGGAGCAAAAGCAAAGAGACCGACCACAUCGAGAACAGCAAGGGAGUGAAAGUUGCAACCAAGGCCUCACUGGCCUUUCAUGGGAAACCCUGCGGUAAACCUUCCAAUGGCGACGACGACAACAACAACAACAGCAAUGGUGAUGCCUCCAAGAAGGAGCUCAAGACCAAAUGGCUCAUGCAAGAAUAUCGUUUGAUCUCUCCAACGGUGACGAAAAUCAGCGGUGGCAUCAAUACGGAGACGGCGCUAUGUGUGGUGUACAAUUUUGAUCAGAAGGGAACCAACAAGGAGGAGACUGGCUACAGAAGAUCUUCAAGCCCGGAAGAGGAAGAAGUCAUCUAUGGCGGGAAUGGCGAUCAAUCCAUCAGCGGUUGUUCCUCUGUUUCUCCUCCUCCUCCUCAAAACCAAAAGCUCGUCACUAAUGGCUUCUCCACCUCUCACCAUCACCAUAAUCAACAACCCUGUUUUCCUCAUCACCAAAACCAACCGAUCAACGGAGCAAUUCCCCUGUACCAAUCCUACCCAUUACAUGAAUACAACCAAUCGUUCUAUCCUCCUCCUCUCCCGCCGCCGCCGCCGGCUGCCGCCUUCCAGGCGCCCGGCUUCAACACGAACUAUCAGCAAAACGGCUGCGGAAACGGGACGAUGCGGUUUGGUAACAAUGCUGUCGUUGAAAAUGGGGGUUGGCAGCAGCAGGGGAGUUAUUACGAGUGGGGAGAACAGAGCAACGGGAAUGGCGAGGUUUCGCAGAGUGGGUAUUUGAGUGAUGUGCUUUUGGUGUUCAACAACCGGAAGAGGCCAGCUGAAAAUGGGGUUUAGACGGAGGAGACCGGGGAAACAGAGGAUUUUGUAGGAACAGAGCAUAUACUCUGUUUAUUAUUAUGUUGUAGUUUUGGAGUUUGUGGAUGGUGGAAUUUUCUCUUGAAAUUAGCGGUUUGGUUGUUCAUUUUCAUAUGUGAUUGAUUUUUUUCAAAGAUAUUAAAUAAAAAUAGCAAGAUACG